AUGCGCGGGUCCGGUUCGCCGGAGGGCGCGCCGGAGCUCAAGGUCAAGCGUCGCUGCUCAACGAUCUCCCGAGGCGGCGAGGAGGAGCUGCGGGUGAGCGUCGAUGGGAAGCGCGCGGUCCACGCGCGCCAACUGCGGUGGAACUUCAGAGGGAACCAGACGGUCUUCGUCGACGGCGCUCCCGUCGACGUCAUGUGGGACCUCCAUGGCUGGUGGUUCCGGGACCCGCCGGGGUGCGUGGUCGUCAUGCUCCAGGCGAGGAGAGCGCUUGAGGAGGAGGCCGCCGCGCCGGGGUUCUCGCUCGUCGUCCAGGCAUUCAAGACGCUGCCUUGGUCUCGAAUUCUCGGAGAGGUCAAUGCUCACUGCUUCCCCUGUAGUUGUCCAUUGACUUGGAAAUUUGGUGGAAUUUAG